CUGAACAAAUGAAUAUCUAAGGUUUUAAAAUUUCAUACGUUUUUUGACCAAGAGUUGCUACACCAUCAAAAUGAAAUAUUCAUUGUAUAUUAGUUCCAUCUGUUUCCUUUGGGGUUUAACAGCUUCUGGUAGCAUAAAACCAAGGAUAAUUGGUGGAAUUUCGGCUUACGCAGGACAAUAUCCUUAUGCAGCAGCCAUUAAUGUGCAAACAGGAACCAGUAAGUUCUUUUGUGGUGGUACCCUUAUUGACAGUCAAUGGGUUCUUACAGCUGGCCAGUGUGUGGAUGGAGCUAUUUUAUUCACUAUACAGCUAGGUUCGCACAAACUCGAGGGUGACGAUCCGUACAGAGUAACUGUAGCAACAUCUCACUCUGUUCUUCACCCCGACUAUAAUCCUCUGACGCUGGAAAAUGAUAUAGGACUCAUCGAACUUCGAAUCCCAGUAGAAUAUUCUCACACUCUGAACAAAAUCACAUAUUUCGCCUUUAAUAUUACUGAACCCAGAGACAUGUGGGCAAUUGGGUGGGGUCAAAUAAGCGAUGACAGUCCUGAACUUGACAAUGAAUUGCAAACUGUCGAUGUUGCGCCUUUAACUACCGAAGAGUGCAGAAUUUAUUAUGGGAACCAAAUAAGCGACAAUACAGUUUGUGUAGAAGGAAAUUACAAUGAAGGAACCUGCUACGGCGAUACUGGUAGUCCACUUGUCGUAGAUCUUGGUCGUGGUUACAAGUCUGUUGGUGGUGUAGCAAGUUUCGUUAGCGGCAAUGGUUGUGAAAGUACUGAACCAUCAGGAUAUCUAAGAACUGCACCAUAUGAAUCUUGGAUAAAAAAUGUCACUGGUCUUUAAUUUUUAAUGUAUUAUGUGCAUGUUCCGGGGAAUGAUAAGUGAAUAUUUGUAGGAAUUUAAAGGUUAAGUUUAGAUAUAAAUGUAUCAUAAAUAACUAUUAAAGUUAUAAAAUAUACUGCAUGUGAUAGAUGUG